AAAAUGAAUCCGGAUCUAACCCAAACCCGGUUCAAUCUUUUUCCAGAACCGAGAAAAUGAAACAGAAUCAAAGAUAAGAACACAAAAAGAAACGAAUCUAAUCAUGGCGACUUCAAGCAAAGAAAAGAUUCCAGAAUAUUCGAGAAUCUCCGAACUGAACUGUAUCGAUGUUUCGGAUCCCGAUACUCAAUCCACUGUUCUUCUUCUUAAAAAGGCUUGCUUAGAAUCUGGAUUCUUCUACGUAAUCAAUCACGGAAUCGACGAGGAAUUCAUUGACGAGGUUUUCGAUCAAAGCAAACGCUUUUUCAAUUUGCCUGUUGAGGAAAAAAUGAAGCUUUUAAGGAACGAGAAGAAUCGAGGCUAUACUCCUCUUUUCGAUCAAUCUUUGGACCCCGUCAAUCAAAUAAACGGGGACUACAAGGAGGGUUUCUACAUUGGUAUUGAAGUACCCGAAGAUGAUUCCGAUGCCGAGAAACCGUUCUAUAGUCCGAAUUUAUGGCCAUCUGUUGAUAUCCUGCCCGGAUGGAGAGAAACUAUGGAGAAAUAUCAUCGGGAGGCACUAGAGGUAGCAAGAGCAGUGUCACGAUUGAUCGCCCUUGCACUUGACCUAAACUCCGAUUUUUUCGAUCAAUAUGAGAUGCUCGGAAAACCUACAGCAGCCAUAAAGCUGCUUUACUAUCAAGAUCGAACUUCUGAGCCGGCUAACGGAAUAUUUGGAGCUGGCGCACAUUCGGAUUUUGGUUUAAUUACGCUUUUAGCCACGGAUGAUAACUACGGUCUUCAGAUAUGUAGAGACAAAGAUGCUAAGCCUCGAUUAUGGGAAUAUGUACCACCACUUAAAGGGGCAUUCAUAGUAAAUCUUGGUGAUAUGCUGGAGCGGUGGAGCAACUGCGUUUUCAGAUCUACGCUCCACCGAGUAUUGGGUAACGGGCAAGAAAGAUAUUCUAUAGCGUUCUUCGUUGAACCUAAUCACGACUGCAUUAUCGAAUGCCUGCCGACUUGCCAAUCAGAGGAGAAUCCUCCAAAGUUCACUCCGAUAAAAUCACAAGAUUAUCUGCUUCGGAGGUAUAGCGAUACUCACGUCAACCUCAACUUGUACAAAUGAUUGAACAACUUGAUCUGUCGUAACAACUAACUCGAAUCUUACCGUGUUGUCAAAUCUUCGUUAUCUACCGCGAUUGUAAUUAGUCCGAAUUUUAUCAUCUUUUACUAAUGUAAUUAUUUAUAUACUUGAUAAAUUUAUCGUAUCAUCGAAAUUUCUUAAAAAUAUACAA